GCCGCCGCCAAACAAACUCGAUCAGCUUCGUUGUCUGGGUUUUAGGUUUUUACGGGUUAUUUUACUGCAGAAGGAAGGAUCGGAAGGCUACCAUAAAAAAAAUAUAUUAACUUAAUGGCUAAUAUUCCGUUGGCAUAACAAAACACAAUUUUUACUCCCUGCGAAAAGGCCAAAAUCAAAUUAGAACGAAAUAUUUCCAUUUUCUCGAUAGCCAUACGACGUUUUUAUUUUGUGGCGACAAAGAAGGGGACAAUUGCUAGCGAAGUGUCACCAACACACAAACUUGGUACAUUGAUUGUGGUGGCCAUAGAAAAUACGAAAAACACGAAAAAUUGUAUUGUUUUCCUUGGGAGUCCAAAAAUGUCAUCCCCCCUAGUUAUGGUGGAUUCAUUGUUACAUGAAUUCUAUGCAACGACCACACCUAAUAACCGCAAAAGAGAAAUAGAAUCCGAUUUGAUAGCUUUUAAAAAUCAAUCCGAUGCCUGGAAGACAUGUCUGAGUGUGAUCAGUAAUGCCGGCACCUUUGAGCAAAAUCAAUUUCUAUGGUUUUUCUGCACAUCAACAUUGGAACAUUCGAUAACACGACGAUGGAUGCAGCUGGGAAGCUCAGAUCGUCUAAUGAUAAGAGAGACCCUGUGGCGUACAUACAUAAAUCUGCCCAUGGGGUCGACGGUGAAGCGGCAACGUGACACAUAUGCUCAGUUAAUAGCUCACAUGGGUAAACGUGAAUUUCCCGAUGAGGAUCCUAAUUAUAUUGCCCACUGCAUAACGCUGAUCAAGUCGAAUUUUGUUUUGGGCAUAUGUCUGCUGCGUACCACAUCCGAGGAGGUGGUUAGCAAUCGUGAGGAUGUCAGUACCGAUCGAAAACAAUAUUUUCAUUCCUGCAUUUCCAUGUGUAUGCCUGAAAUAAUGGAUCUAUUAACAAAAUAUUUACUAAUAGCUGUGUGUCAUAUCAAUGGCAAAGACAUUAAUUCCAUAUCAAAUACACUCAUGGAUUAUAGUUUAAUAGCAACGCUGCCAAAUGACAAUCAAUUAAGUUCCUCUGUGUUAGAACUGCUAACGUGUAUCCAACAUUUAGUGUCAUGGAUACGUACUGAUUUAAUAUCUGAAUAUUUUCUAAUGUCCAUAUUGGAUUUAUCACAAUGGCGUUCGUCACAUCAAGACUUGUCGCUGGCCGGUCUGUCGGUCCUCAAUGAACUGUUGUAUUUACAAAAAGCUCUGCCCUGUAGCAUUACUUUAAUGACCAGCGUCAAUGUCCUGCUGGAUCAGCACAAUAACUCAAAGCAACAAUGUGAAAUGUAUGUUGAUAAAUUUCGUGAGCUAUUGCGUCUCUAUGCCGUGAAAUAUUGGCAAAAAAUGGUUCAGGAAUCAUCGGUAUUGGAGGUCUUUCUAAAGGCCCUCUACACCUGUACAAUAUGUGAAAAUGGAGCCUACGAUUUUACCGAAAAGCUGGAAAUUUGGACACCCAUUAUCAAGGGAUUGGCAAUUAAUGCAAAACUGAAUCGUUACAAUGAUAUAGUCCUCCAAUUAGUUGGCGAAAUAAUGCGUCGCACACAGUUUGAAUAUAAUAAGACUGAGCUGGAACUACUUGACAACGAGCUAAUGGAGGACAAUACCCAAACCGAAUGGCAACAGUAUCUAACACAAUGCAUCGAGUGUAUUGCCUUGGUGGCUGAGUCUCGGCCAAAUGCUGUAUUCGCCCAGGUGUUUAGUCAUUGGUCACGACCCCACCUACAAUUGCAGGCCAUUGAAAACGAUAUUGAUUGUGGCAAGACAUUUGAGUUGGCACGUAAAUUAAGAUCUCAACUCUUUGCCGAGCAUUUGAGGGAUUUUUCCACGGUUUGUCAGGCGGUGGUUAGAAUUGCACCAUUGCUCGAUGUCAAUGCUGCUGCGGCGGGUGAUGCCGGCAGCGCCUCUGAAGUUAACUGCCAUUUAAAUAUAUUAGCUGAAAAUCUAUUAACAACAUUGAAAUUUUUUACCAGCAACAAAUUGAAUGCCAUCGAUGUUGAUCACUCCUCGUUUCAGACUGAUUAUGAUUAUUUAUAUGCUCAAGUUCUUAUGGCCAUACGCAGCAUUUUACCCUUGUGUCAAUCACUGAAAUCCGAUCACAUGCUCCUACAACUGUUCGAAUCGUUGGGCAAUAUCUUCCAACCCAAUACCAUAAUGGGCUCAUCGCCAUUAAUCUACAUGGCAGCAAGUCAAUUGUUGCUCUGCAUCUCUUCUGUGAUACGUCCCAAAUGCCUAUUGGACAUACCCACCAUUGCGAAUCUAAUGCAAUCGGGUCCCAGACUUUCGCAUUUACCACGUCAAGUUAUUGCAAAUAUUUACAUAAGUCUAAUUAGUUAUCUAGUAUUACCAUGGAAGAAUGUCGAUGAACAGCAACAGGACUAUACGAGACGUUGUCAAAUUCUGCGCGAAUACAUUAGCUGUAUUGCCCAAAGUUUUUUGGAAUUGGAUUUGAAUUCAGUGUCGCCGGCAACGGGCGAAGCUAAAGUAUCUUCCAUAUCGUUAAGUUUAUUGGUAACAUUUAGUUUAGUAAUUGAAUUCUUUAAAGACUCUCCGAAUACCACAAAAGACAUGUUGGCCCAGACAUUUAAGCCAAUUAUAACAAAAGCUUUAGUCAUCUAUAAUACCUUCGGCCAAAGUAGCAAUGCCCUUGCCAUUACUAUUGCCGAAUUUAGUUUAAGUGUUUUGCGUACUCUACAAAGUCAAUUGGGCUCACAAUUUAUCAAGGAAAUGAUAACGCUUUUCAUCAGCGUGAAUAGUAGACAACAGCUGACCGUGAGUCGUGUUGCAGUUAUGGAGAAAAUCCUACAAAUGUUCCAGUUGAUUGUUCAACAGCCCGGCAAUGCCUCAUUGGCCAUGUUGCCAUCAAUUCUCGAUUUCACCUUUGAACAUAUAAUGCCAAUGAUACAAAUGGAUAAUAAUGUUGCCGAUACAUCCGAUCUCACCAGCGUUGUCUAUACGCUAUUCGAUAGUAUCCUCACCUGUAAAUGGCAGUAUUUUUAUAAAUCCUACGUCCAACCCAAUGGUGUUUUGCAACAGCAUAAUGGCAACAAUACCACAGCAGCAGCAGCGAACAAUUCAUCCCAUAAUCCCAGCGAUAAUUUACAUCCGGAACAUUUUAUGGCCAUAAUGAAUGCCUAUGGCCAAAUAUUGGUCACCGGCAAUGAUCCGAAUAUUGUACGCACGGUCUUGAUGUCAAUGCAAAAUGUCCACGAGAAAUGGCGCCUGUAUCAGAGGCCAUUAUUUAAAGAGAAUCUAUUGGGCUCGUUUCAAAGCGCCUUGAUAAAUGUUCUGCUGUCCGGUGAGGGGGCAUUGCAUUUUGAUAUUUUGGCAAGUGCCCUCUUUGCCAUGUCUCAGGUGGAUGCAUUGAAAAUGCGUGAAAGUUUUGCCAAUGCCGGUCUGCCGAUAAAUAUGAAACUAAUUGAUGAAAUAUGUUUAACAACGGACAUUCCAACAUUUUCACAAAAACUAACUCAACUAAUACAAGAUGCACACUGUGUACAUUUAUCGCAAACAUAAAAAAUGCAUUACAAAAAAAUACGUUUUUUGUAGAUGUUUUAGAAAAUAUGAGACAUGUUCAUACAUACACAUUGUCAUUUGUCAUCAUAACCGAUAAAUAUGAUCAUCAUUAUUUAGGCUUAAGUAAAAAAGGAAAAACAAUAAUAACCAAACGUACCCCUCCACAAGCAACCCAUCAAUUAUUUCUUCAACCAAUCAUCAUGUAGGAGGAGAGCGACAGGGGUACGGUGGUAUGUAUGCGCGGGAGAAGCGUUUUUUAUAUAAAUAUUGUGUAGCAUUUUUUAUAAAUAUAUUAUUGUAAUAAUUAUAAUUAAUAAUAAUAUUAUUAUUGUAUACCUAAAUAUAAAUUAUUUUUAAGAAUUCUUAACUUAGGUUAUAAAAACAAACAAACAAACAACAAAACAAUUAUCAUCCACAAACAAUGUAGUAUCUUGUUAUUUUCUUUGUCACGUUUUAAAACAACAAUUACCAUGUAGAGUCAACUAUUUUUAUUUUCGUUUAUUUGGUUUUUUUAUUCCAUUUUUUAUGUUUUUAUUUUUUUUUUUUUUCAUUAAAAAAAUUGUGUUUCCAUACCACUAGCAUGUAGUGUAUUACUGUAUGUACGUUUCAUAGAAAACGCAAAACAAUUUACCACAUAUAAAACAAAUUUUCAUAAAUUAAAAAACAAAAAAAAACAAUUAUCCAUAUUUUUGCGCUGUUUCCAUUUAUAUAAAAAAAUACAUAUAUAGAUCAUAUAUACUAUUCAUAAUUAUAGAUAUAUAUAUAUAUAUAUAUAUAUAUUAAAAUAUUAUCAUUGAUAUAUACCUAUAUAUCUGGCCAAUUGCCGGCCCAUACAGAACUAACAUUAAAUUUAACAACAAAAUACUGUGUCCUUAUUUCUUUCUAAGUUAUUGUUACUUUUUUAGUGGUAUAUUUUUUUUGUAUUUUAUAUAUAUUAUUUUCAUCUUACAGUGCUACAAAAAUAUAUGUAUAAAAUGUUA